AUGGUAACCGUCACCUUGGUCGAGGACAUUCAUCGUGCCACGCUUGGCGAUUAUUUUGAAAGAUUCAUCCCAUCUGACAAGAUCAAAGAACUCUCCACAGCAAGAAUCGUCCAAAGUGUGCUUGAUGAUUCGAGUAUCGAUGCAGCUGAGGUUGAGAAUUUGACGCAAUAUGUCUUGAACCAGCCAGCUAAGAAACUGUUCCUCCUCCUAGUUCUUUGUGAGAAGAUAGAAUGGACUGACGGUGAGCCUUUACGAAUUGCCCUGAAAGAAACGCAUCCUUCAUCACCUGAAUGGUUUGAGCGAGAGAUGAGGGUUUUGGAAGGCAUUCAGAAGAUAGUUCUGGAAAACCCUGGUCUUCACAUAGUCACGCCAAUUGCUGGUUACAAACGAAAGGGAAGCAAGACGGGAUUCUUGAUGUUUCCCUGGGCCCAAGAAGGAAAUCUCAAAGAGCUGUGGGAUAGGGAAGAGAAUCGUGAUGGGGCCGUACUCCCGGAUUCUCCUCGCACAGACUUUCUGCUUUGGACUUUGAGGCAGAUGCGAGGACUAUGCGAGGCUCUUGUUCAGUUACACUUGGACCGUCCGAUUCACGGCAGUUCUACAGGUGGGAAUACUCACUGCCGCCAUGGGGACUUGAAGCCGGAAAACAUACUUGUCUUUCGUGAACAGAACACAAACAUUUUGAAGAUUGCUGACGUUGGCUUGGGAAAGUUCCACGCCAAGUCAACAGAUAAUCGGAUGAAAGGUAACGAAUACACUAGAACGAUGACGGGGACGGCUCGAUACAUGCCCCCAGAGUUUGACCCUCGCAUAACCAGAUUUAUAUCCCGACGCCACGACGUGUGGUCUCUAGGCUGCCUCUUCAUGGAAUUUAUCAUAUGGGCAGCUUGGGGUGUGAAAGGUUUGAACCAAUUCAGUCAAGUGAAUAUUGAACAAUUCUGGCAAGACACGCAUGGCUCUAGGGUCGUACACAAAAGCAUAAAACAAUGGAUCGGUAACAUCACUUCAGUUCUUCCCAAGGAGACUGCGCUUGGCGACCUAAUCCGUCUCGUCGAUUCCCAAAUGCUUAAGCCUUUGGAUUAUAGAAGCACGUCGAAAGAGGUCUGCGAGCCAUUGAAUGCGAUAGUACAACGAGCCCAUGUAGAUGAGGCUUAUUGCUUGAAUUCCGAGCGGCGGUUGAAGAUCAUAGGCUAUAGCUUGCCGAGUAGUGUUCCUGGGUCGCGAAGUCGUGGACAAGAAUAUGUGAGUAAAGCCGGGACUGAGAUCCAUGUUGGCUGUACUAAUCCAUACACAGAAAGUCUAGACUUUUGUAAGGAAGUUAGCGAAUUUGAGGACAAGUGGCAGCCUCAUGCCGCCAAUGGCUUUGCACAGCGUCUAUGGGAAACUAUGAAGUAUAGCUCUCAGGCAACAGGAUACAAAGGCUGGAUGAACGGCGCCUCACCUUUACUAGAGCCCCCACGUCUAUGCGCUAGAUGCUCUGAACUAGAUUUGUGGCAACCAGAUCUACGGUUCACGGUAACUUUGAGUAUCCUGCUUACAGAUACCGGAUGUCAACUGUGCUCUCUAAUAAAGGACUGUCUCUCAGAUCUUGCAUUACCAGACUACGUCGAUGAAAUCACCAUUCAACGAAAUGGCCCAACACUUGAGGUGGAGCCAGGAAAUAGAUCAAUACUUUCAUUUUAUGAUCAUCCAGUAGGCUCAACGAAGGUUGACAAAGGAUUGUCCCAAGUUGGAACCACUCAAUUACCGGCCCCAGGGAGCGCUGAUCAGUUUCUACUCUUCCUAGAAUGGAUUCAACUCUGCGAUGAGACUCACGAGCAUGAUGGACAUGCUACAAAUCAUGCUACUGCCGGAACCUUGGAACGUAUAAAAGGUCUCCCGACGCGUGUUGUUGAUGUCGGCGACGAUACAAAUCAUUAUGUCCGUCUUGUGAAAAGUGAGGACAUGGUAUCUCCCAUAUAUCUUGCAUUGAGUCACCGGUGGGGUGAGAGCCCACAACUCCAUAUAGGACGCAUCCUACGCAAUAACCAUACUCGCAGAUACCGGUCUAUCGAUGACAGCGAAUUACCUUUGAACUUCAAGGACGCUGUCACUGUGGCCAGGGGAGUUGGGGUCAGAUACAUAUGGAUCGAUUCAUUAUGCAUAAUCCAAGAUGACGACGAUGAUUGGAAUGUCGAGUCAGUCAAAAUGGAACAAGUGUACAGCAACGCUUUAUGUGUUUUAGCCGCCAGCUCCGCCGGCUCAUCGAUGGAUGGUUUCCUUAAACGAUCGGACCCUUACCGUCCAUACAUGGUAUUGAAAUCUCAAUCCGGAGGGAUCAGCUAUCUGUGUAAAAACAUAGAUAACUUUGAACGUGAUGUUGACGAGGCCAUACUCAAUACCAGAGGCUGGACCCUCCAGGAGAGAGCCCUCGCGCGACGCACCGUUCACUUUACGGAUAAUCAGGUCUAUUUCGAAUGCGGGAAAGGUGUGCAUUGCGAGAGUCUUUCAAGACUGACAAAUCCAAGGCCUUCUUUUCUUGGAGACUCUAAUUUUCCUUCCUCGGUUGAACCUCGUUAUAAAGGUGGCAGAGUUAUGCUUGUCCAAGAUCUGUACCAGCAGUACUCCAAACGGAUAUUCUGGGAUGCCAAAGACCGUCCUGUCGCUAUUGCCGCCCUGGAAAAAAGAUUGACAGCCGUAUUUGACACGCGGGGAGGCUUUGGAGUCUUUCAAGCUUUCCUGGAGCGAGGUCUACUCUGGAAAAGGCCCGACAAGACGCCUUUUUUGAAAAACAUCAACUUCCCUCAGCAACGCAACGUCCCGAGCUGGUCAUGGAUGGCAUAUGACGGUCUCAUUUCCUAUGUUGAAGUCGACUUUGACGAAGUGGAUUGGACCAAAGAGUAUUCGUCUCCAUUUGCCACCCAAAGUGCGGCGUAUGGAAAAUGGCACUGGGAAGCAGAUGGCACCAACUGGCCGCCGAUGGUUGGGCUAACCAGGGCCAGAGAGAUGAACUUGGCCCAAAGCAGGGACGAGUUAUUCAAGACAAUAACCUUUGACGUUUCGAAUGGAUAUCUGCCUGCGGACUUGAGAUGCGUUGUUCUCGGUAAAGCUAAAUCGGGUGACACUAUCAGUCCUCUUGUUCUGAGUUGUUAUGUGAUCAUUGUUAAAUAUUCGAUGGAUAGUUUUGUCCGCGGGGCUUUUACGAGAGUUGGGGCUGGUGUACUGAAGGAGGAUCAAAUGGUCUGGGGACGUUAUGAAGCGGGAAAUCUCUACUAG